AUGUCUGCCACUUUGGUUAUCAACGGUAAGGCGCCAGUGGUUGCCUAUGCUGAAUUAAUUGCUGCACGUAUCGUCAAUGAAACUAAGCCAAACUCUAUUUCCAUUGAGUUUGUCGAUGAUAAGAAGGCUGCUCCUGCAACCUUCAAUGGUGACAACAAAGACGCAUUCUUGAAGAUUGUUGCUCAAUUUUCUGAUGUCUUCAGCAACUCCAAGGAGGAAGAUAUUACUCAAUGGGUCAAAAUGGCUUCUGAAGAACUAGUGAUCAAGAAUUUCCAAAAAUUAUCUGAAUCAUUGGGUAAAUUGGAUGCUCAUCUUAACUUGAGAACUUUCAUCUUGGGUGGAUUGAAAUACUCAGCCGCUGAUAUUGCCUGUUGGGGUGCCCUUAGAUCCAACGGGAUGUGUGGGUCGAUUAUCAAGAAUAAAGUGGAAGUUAACGUUUCUCGUUGGUAUACACUUUUGGAAAUGGAUCCAAUUUUCGGUUCUGUUCACGAAUUCUUGACUAAAUCUUUGCAAGAAUUAAAGAAAACUGCCAAUGCUGGUAAGAAGAAGGAAACCCACAAGGCCAAUUUCGAAAUUGAUUUACCUGAUGCCAAAAUGGGUGAAGUGGUUACUCGUUUCCCACCUGAACCAUCUGGAUAUUUACAUAUCGGACACGCCAAGGCUGCAAUCUUGAACCAAUAUUUUGCUCAAGCUUACAAGGGUAAGCUGAUCAUUAGAUUCGAUGACACUAACCCAUCUAAGGAGAAGGAAGAAUUUCAAGAUUCUAUCUUGGAAGAUUUGGAAUUACUAGGCAUUAAAGGUGACAGAAUCACUCAUUCUUCCGAUUACUUCCAAGAAAUGUAUGACUACUGUAUUCAAAUGAUCAAGGAAGGUAAGGCUUACUGUGACGACACUCCAACUGAAAAGAUGAGAGAAGAACGUAUGGAUGGUAUUGCAUCUGCCAGAAGAGAUCGUUCCGUUGAAGAGAAUUUGAAAAUCUUCACUGAAGAAAUGAAGAAUGGUACUGAAGAAGGUUUGAAGAAUUGUGUUCGUGCCAAGAUCGAUUACAAGGCCUUAAAUAAGACUUUGAGAGACCCAGUUAUUUACAGAUGUAACUUGACUCCUCAUCAUAGAACUGGUACUACUUGGAAAGUUUACCCAACAUAUGAUUUCUGUGUUCCAAUUGUGGAUGCUUUGGAAGGUGUUACUCAUGCAUUACGUACCAUUGAAUACAGAGAUCGUAACGCUCAAUAUGAAUGGAUGUUGCAAGCGUUAAAUCUAAGAAAAGUUCAUAUUUGGGAUUUUGCUCGUGUAAACUUUGUUAGAACCUUAUUAUCUAAGAGAAAGUUGCAAUGGAUGGUCGACAAGGGAUUAGUCUCCAAUUGGGAUGAUCCAAGAUUCCCAACUGUUAGAGGUGUUAGAAGAAGAGGUAUGACUGUUGAAGGUUUGAGAAAUUUCGUGUUAUCUCAAGGUCCAUCAAGAAAUGUCAUUAACUUGGAAUGGAAUUUAAUUUGGGCCUUCAACAAGAAGGUCAUCGAUCCUGUUGCACCAAGACACACCGCAAUUGUGAAUCCUGUAAAGAUCCAUUUAGAAGGUGAUGACGUUCCACAAACACCAAAAAUUGAAAUGAAACCAAAACAUAAGAAGAACCCAGCAGUUGGUGAAAAGAAGGUCAUUUACUUCAAGGAUAUUGUAAUUGAUAAGGAUGAUGCCGAUUUACUUGAAGCUAACGAAGAAGUCACCAUGAUGGACUGGGGUAAUGUCAUUAUCACUCAAAAGAAUGCCGAUGGUUCCUUAGUUGGUAAAUUACAUUUGGAAGGUGAUUUCAAGAAGACUAAACAUAAGUUAACUUGGUUAGCUGAUACUCCAGAUGUUGUUCCAGUGGAUUUAGUUGACUUCGAUCAUUUAAUCACUAAGGACAAGUUGGAAGAGGAUGAAAGUUUCGAAGAUUUCUUGACUCCAGUCACUGAAUUCCACACCGACGCCAUUGCUGACUUGAAUGUUAAGGAUAUGAAGGUUGGUGAUAUCAUCCAAUUUGAAAGAAAGGGUUACUACAGAUUAGAUGCCUUACCAAAGGAUGGUAAACCUUACGUUUUCUUCACUAUUCCAGAUGGUAAAUCCGUCAACAAAUACGGUGCUAAGAAAUAA